AUGGGAAAAUCACAUUUGAAAAUUUAUACCAUCUUAAUGAUAAGCAAUGUAUGUUCUAUUGCUAUAGGAUAAAUAUUUGUGAAAUUUCAGGAUACAUGUGCUUGCGAACAAUUACUCUAUGAGGAGGAAUGCAAGGCUGAUAGGAUAUGCAAUUAUUCUAAUGAUAAAUGCUAAACUAUAUAAUGCAAUCUCUUGCCUGCAAAAGAUUGUGGUUAUAAUGACAAUUGUGCUUUGGUAAAUAAUACAUGCGUUGAUUUUAAAUCAUGUGCAUCUCAUAAUGCUACAACAGAGGAUGCUUGUGAAAGUUUAAAUCACAAUUGUUACUUUGAUGAUGAUCAAAAUACUUGUGAGGAACCAUAAAUAUUCAAUAUGGGCACAUGUUCUGAAGACUUAUUUUCAAUAUGCUUGGUUGCUAAUGAAGGCCUUUGUUUUAGGAAAAAUGGAGUCUGCUAAGAAAUGAAGGUUUGCGAAGAUGUCAUUCCUAUGAGUUUAUAAUGUAUUGCCGCCUUUCCAGCCUGCGAAAAGGGAAAUGAUAAAUGUGUAUCUCAUUUUUAAUGCAGUCAAUCAGAAUGGCUUGAUUGUAGAAUAGCAAAGGAGAAUAUCAAUGGUGAUAGAUAUAAACUUUGUAUGAGAGGACCAAAUGGAUGUGUAAAUUUUGACCCAAAUUAACAAACAAAAGAAUCUUGUUGGAAGAAUUCCACUGCAUUCUAUCAUUGGGAUGGCUAAGGAUGUUCAAGAUGUUCUUGGGCUUCAAUAAUGAAAUCUGUAUUAUUUGUAGCUUUUUUAAUCCUGAGCAUUUGA